AACAGGAUCGGGCACAUUCUAGUGGGCUUGGACAAGUCAGCAAGAACCAUGGUGUUGAAGGCAGCCCUGGUGUGUGUGGCGGUAGCGGCUCUCCUGGCGUACUACUGUAACGAACCUGUGCCACAGGGAAUAGCAGAGCCACAUAUGUACGCUAAAAUGACCGGAAUAAUUUUCAGAACAGCACUGAACCUGGGUAGAAUUGGAGAGUAUUUCAGCGCAGGUUCGGAAGCUCAGAUCUUCCGGUCCGUAUUUGAAGCAUGGAUGAACGUUGGCUUGAAAUUAAAGGGUACUUCGUACCGCGAAGGGCUGAAGUGCACCGACACCAUGUUUGACGGGGUCAACGUCCGUGUGUACGAACCCACGUCAACAGCACAGAGUGACACCAAAGCGCCUGGUCUGGUGUACAUCCAUGGAGGGGGUUGGGUUAUUGCUACUGUCGAUACCGUAGAUCCCAUGACAGCUCAUGUUGCCAAACAGCUCGGGGCGGUUGUUGUGUCUGUCGACUAUAGACGCACUCCUGAACACCUGUUUCCGACAGCAUUUGAUGACAGCGUUGCUGCUACAAAGUUCUUCCUCCAGAACGCAGAGAAGUACAACGUUGAUCGCACACGUAUCGGCAUCAGUGGGGACAGUGCAGGGGGCAACCUGGCUGCAGCCGUCACUCUCGCACUCGCUAAAGAAAAGGGACUUCCUAAGUUAAAGACGCAGGCGCUCAUCUACCCCGUCCUACAAGCCAUUAACUUUACCACGCCUUCCUACAUCAACCAUGGUCACCUCAACAGUCUAAGUAAAGAUUUAAUGGUAUCGUUUUGGCUGUGGUAUCUAAACAAUGACCUCUCUUUCAAGAAAGUGUUUGAAGCCAACAAUCACACAAGUGCGGAGCUUAAGAAAUCUCAGUACGCCGGGUACGUGGAUCCCGAAAUGGUCGACGUUAAACCGGUUAAGAAGGGAAAUCUCAAAUUUCCUGACAUUCCGAACAUCGCGACCAUUUUGGAUCCACGUUUUGCCCCGUUGAUGGCGGAUGAUGCUGAUUUGAAAGGUCUCCCACCGACGUACGUGAUGACGUGUGAGUAUGACGUGUUGAAGGACGAUGGUGUGAUGUACGCAAAGCGUCUUGGGAAGGCCGGGGUAAAGGUCAAUCACGAUCAUUACGAACAUGGCUUCCACCCAUUUUUGAUCUAUUUCGAUGUUUAUGAGUCAGCGGGGACAGCUAUGGCGAACUACCUAGCGUAUCUAAAGAAGAACCUUUGAACCUUACUCAUUACCUCCACGAAAAAUAGAGGUACAGUUUUUGUUGUGUCAGAGAUAUAGACAAUAAAAUGCAAAUUCUGCAAAUUGCUAGUUAAUUAGCACAAAUAAUGAGGAACUACUAUCUACUAUUAUACUGCUUUCCAUAAUAGGAUUUACAGUUCAUAUGCAUCGGUCGGAUAAGGUUUUAAUUAAAAAGUAACAUAAAAACAUAAAUACCCACGUUAAUGUUUCCUUUGAAAUUUUUUUCCAGUGAUUUGCAUUUAAUGUUUUAGUCCAUAUGUUAUAAAUGUCAGAAACAUAAGCGUAUUGUUGCUAAAUUUCGAUGUAUUUUGGCCCUUUUGCAUUAAUUAUGCAAAUUAAGGAAUUAUUUGCAUAAUUGGUAUCUGAUAAUGUUCCACCUGCCACAAACUACAUAUAUUGCAUGUAUUGAGUUCUAUAAAGGAAACACUGCAAUAACGGAUUUUUUUCAUUAAAUAUGCAAAUUUAGUGUCAGUUUGCAUAAUUUGCACUUCAUGAUGUGCAUCUCUGUCUAAGCUACCUACAUACCAAAUAUCAUGUAAAUUGUCAUUCCCUCCUUUAGUUAUCGCCCAUAGAAGAUUUUGACAAAAAUGGCCCUGCAGUUCCAGAGCAACCUGCUAGGGAGACCAAAUAUACACCACAUAUCCCUUAUGACACAAGCUAUCUGCCAUCCAAAAAUCAAGACCA